AACCAGAAACUAACGUUAGGGGAACGUUCUGUGUUUGCUGGGAGGAAGCCGCAUGGACGCGUUUGUGCGCGAGACGGACGCGGAAAGUCAAGUAUGCCCGCUAUAGGGUCUGUCUGUUGUUCACACACCGCACAGCUCUUCACCAGCGGCCUCCGUUACAUCUGCAUUUCUUUUUUUAUUUCAUAAUUAGUUUUGGCUGUUUUGUGUCAGCUUGAAUAACCGUAAUAUCAGAAUGACAGACAGCAGCCACAAACAAAUGACAGUCAUCUCUCUCGACAGACUCUAUAUUUAAGAAGCUUUAUUGAUUUCUUUAAAAAAGCGUUAAAUACAUGAAGGUAAAGGAUGUGAAAAGACACUUGUGUUAUUAUGUUAUGUUUGAUUUUGUUUCAAUCUGACUGGAGCUCACAGCAGGUUUGCACUGUCAGUUUUCCGUCAGACGUGUUUUUCUCUAUACUGUUUAAACAUACACUUCAUGUUUUAUCACUCAGAUUCUCCUCCCGUCACGCUGAUGACGUGCGCUCAUACCUGAGCAGCAGAACUGUGAAGCCGGUCGGGCUCGCGUGCGAGAGUGAUGCUGCUGCCAUGGCAACAGACCAUCAUGUGCUCAGACAUUGAUUUCACAUAUUUAUUUAAGAUCUCAUUCGUCCUUGACGUCACGAGGAAUCUAACGAUCUCCUUCUGUGAGCUCAACAGGUAGAAUCUGAUGAGAGUGAAUCUGACUGCUGCGACUGCUGUUAUUAUGGGAUGGAUAGAGAUGAUGUUAGUGGAGGCAGAAGAAUAGGAAUAAAAGCGCUCUGUGACACGAGGACGGACGCGCGCUUCUUGAGCUCCGGUUAAUUUCUCCGGUAAUUCUCGGUCCGUUUCUCCUGUUGCGCAUCUCCAUGCGUCUGAUUAUGAUGACGCGCCGUCGCGCGUCUGAUCAUUGACCGAUGUGCGCGCGUGCGUUUGUCAUUGACAGACGUGUGUCCUGUAAGUGCCGUGUCUUGUAAAACCGCACAUGUCGAGCUGACAGCGCGAGGCGUCACCGUGACAACCGGAGGCGGGAAUCCCUGGAUCGGAUCGGAUCACAGAACCAGUGACGGCUCGCUUUCGGUGAUGUCGGCGCGUUUCGGAGCGGCCGGGCCUCAAGGACGCGCGUGAGGGGAGAAAUUAUGAGGAGUGACGGACGGGCGCAUCAAGGGCGAAGAGAGCGUCGUCGACGCGCGUUUAUUCGGCGGCUCAAGGGCGUUUGAACAUGACGAGGACGCGUCGGAGGACGGCGUGGCGAGGCGUCCACUGGAGGAAGCGUGAAGGAGCAAAUGUCGUUUUACCAGCUUUAAGGUCAAACUAACGCGAGCUCAUUAUUCUUCUGUAUAAACCAACGACAGAUCCGCGUUUUUCUGACAGAAGCGUAACAGGUCAUCCGAGAAAGCGUUUGUGCGCGUGCGUCUGUGCGUGUGUGUAUUCUCCUCAUCGGUAUGGAAGGUGCUGCGGGUUCUGCCGACCCUCGGCCCGUCCGUAACGGCGACUCCAAAAGGCGCAGUAAAAGCAGCCUGCCGUCUCCCGGUUACCGCCUCUCACAGGCAUCCCUGGAGGGCGACCGGGGUGAGCCGCCAACCGGGCGACGCCGCCCGUCUAUCAUGAGCUCGACCCGCGACGGUGGGCCAUUCCACCCCCUCCCUCUGCCCGCCCCGGGUUCGGCCCCGCCCACCGUGCAGCGUUCCGUGGGCUUUGCCGUCUCCCGGGCCGCUCUGGCGUCCACCUCCUUCACGGGCACCGGAAUGGUCGUGGUGGCCGCCGGACCCGAUACCACCACCACGACGGCGGCCGGGAGCCCGGACGCCACGCCGGGUCUGGACGGAGAAGAUUACAGUUACUCGAACCAGUCCACGUUCAUCCAGCGGCAGUUCGGGGCGAUGCUGCAGCCGGGCGUCAACAAGUUCUCGCUGCGCAUGUUCGGCAGUCACAAGGCCGUGGCGCUGGAGCAGGAGAGACUGAAAUCAGCCGGAGCCUGGAUCAUACACCCCUACAGCGACUUCAGGUUUUAUUGGGACCUCCUGAUGCUCUUACUGAUGGUGGGGAAUCUCAUCAUUCUUCCGGUGGGCAUCACGUUCUUCCAGGACGAGAACACGGCUCCGUGGAUCCUUUUUAAUGUGGUGUCAGACACGCUCUUCCUGGUGGAUCUGGUUCUGAAUUUUCGGACAGGUAUCGUGAAAGAGGACAGCACAGAGAUCCUGCUGGACCCUAAAGCCAUCCGUCAGCGUUACCUAAAGAGCUGGUUCCUCGUGGAUUUUGUGUCCUCGAUCCCAGUGGAUUACAUCUUCCUGAUGGUGGAUCUGGAGGCUCGGCUGGACUCGGAGGUGUAUCGGACCGCUCGAGCACUGCGGAUUGUUCGAUUCACAAAGAUUCUGAGUUUGCUGCGAUUGUUGCGUCUGUCUCGACUCAUACGAUAUAUCCACCAGUGGGAGGAGAUCUUUCACAUGACGUAUGAUCUGGCCAGUGCGAUGGUGCGGAUUGUCAAUCUGAUCGGCAUGAUGCUGUUGUUGUGUCAUUGGGACGGCUGUCUGCAGUUUCUGGUGCCCAUGCUGCAGGAUUUCCCGUAUGACUGCUGGGUCUCCAAAAACAACAUGGUGAAUGAAACGUGGGGCAUGCAGUACUCGUACGCUCUCUUCAAAGCCAUGAGUCACAUGCUGUGCAUCGGUUACGGCGCUCAGGCUCCGGAGGGCAUGACGGAUGUUUGGUUGACCAUGUUGAGCAUGAUUGUGGGUGCCACCUGCUAUGCCAUGUUCAUCGGGCACGCCACGGCUCUCAUCCAGUCACUGGACUCUUCUCGACGACAGUAUCAAGAGAAGUAUAAGCAGGUGGAGCAGUACAUGUCAUUUCAUAAACUACCAGCAGAUGUCAGACAGAAAAUCCACGAGUAUUAUGAACAUCGAUAUCAGGGAAAGAUGUUUGAUGAGGACAACAUUCUGGGAGAGUUGAGCGAGCCGUUAAAGGAGGAAAUUGUGAGCUUUAACUGCCGCAGUCUGGUGGCUAACAUGCCGCUUUUCGCUAACGCUGAUCCCAACUUCGUGACGGCGGUCCUUACCAAACUUAAGUUUGAAGUGUUUCAGCCCAACGACUUCAUCAUUCGUGAGGGAACCGUCGGCCGUAAAAUGUAUUUCAUCCAGCACGGUCGGGUCAGCGUUCUGACACGCGGCAACAAGGAAACCAAACUCAGUGAUGGCUCGUAUUUUGGUGAGAUCUGUCUGUUGACCCGUGGUAGGAGGACAGCAAGCGUCCGAGCAGACACGUACUGUCGACUUUACUCUCUGAGUGUGGACAGUUUCAAUGAGGUUUUGGAAGAGCACCCCAUGAUGAGACGGGCCUUCGAGACUGUGGCAGCUGACAGACUCAAUCGGAUUGGUAAGAAGAACUCCAUAUUGUUGCGCAAGACCUCUCAGGGAGGAUCCAUGUCGGGCAGCAGUUUGGGACGGGGCGGAGGCAGCCGCGGUGGCGGUGCAGGCGGUGCCGGCUUGGGUUCUUGUGACAGCAUGUUGGUUCAGCAGAUCGUUAAGCACGACAGUAUGCCCACCAUGCAGGACAUUGCCGCUGGCAACCGCAGCGGAGGCACAGUCUCGCCUUGCACUCAUCCGGUGAUCUGGGCGCCGCUGGUCCACGCCCCCCUCCAGACUGCGGCUGCCACAACCAAUGUGGCAAUCGCCUUGAUGCAUCAGCAGCAGCAACAGCAGCAGUUACAGCAGCAGCUACAGCAGCAACAUGCGCUGGGAGCCGCCAUUUUCCUUCCCAUCUCACCCUCCCCCUCAACUUGCCCUCUUUCACCGCCCCGUCCACCCAUACUGCACCCUCGGCAGUCCUUUAGCUCCCUAAUAGCUUUGAUGGGUGGACUCCCCCCCCGAGGAUUCCCGUCAUCUGUAACUCCAACACCCUCCCCCUCUGCCAUGGGACCAACCGCUGUGGGAGUGGCUCCUGCAGCAGGUGGAGGUGCUGCAAGGACCCCACCCACACCUGCAUCGACAGUUCCUGCCCCUCUGCAGGCUGGCAGGACUCUUCAUCACAGUCCCCGCUUUCACAUAGAGCCCACGGGAGGGAGUCAGACAUCACCUCUCCAUAAAGUUGUGCUUCCCUCCUCAGCCAUUGCAGCAGUGUCUGUUGAAGGACGAAGUAUUGGCUCUUGUCAGCAGGGGGCUAAAGAGGCAUUACUGCGUCAUGUUGGAGGAGGCAGCACCCAGGGUCUCCCAAUGAUUGGCCGACUUACUCAGGAGGCCAGACUGCUCUCGGCCUCUCAACCAACUCUGCCUCAUCGUGGCUGGGCCGGUGUACAGCCUCACCCACCUCUCCAUCGUAAGGCCUCUGGAGGGAACUUGCUGCCGGCACCCUUCCUUAUGUCAUCAGGACUUGGUAGAGGAGGCAGUGCAGGUGUUCUGUAUUCGAAUGCUCCACAAGCUAAGGUCACACAAACACCCAUCACACACACACCCCUGCUGAUGCCCUCCCAGCUGGCACAUGCACCUCCACUCACAUCAGCACUAGGAUCUACUCCAUCACCCCUUGCCCCCUUCUCCUCCUCAAAACAGACUCCCCUUUGUUCCACCAACCCCCCUUCAGUCUUCACACCCUCUGGUAUAGGUGCCCCUCAAAUCCAGCAGCUCAAACCUGGCUCUGCAAUUCCGACUCCUCCCUCAACCUCUCCUCCACCCUCACUCUGCCCUCCUUCUCAGUUUAUCUCCACUUCUUCAACUUCAUCUUCUGGCCCCUCUUUGGCACAAAAUGCCCAAACCAAACUCUCUCAGACACCCCCAUCACCGUUGUCUUACACCACUAAUUCAACGCCAACCGUAACUCCUUCUCAAACUCCCAUUCAAACCCCUACCCAAACCAGAACACCAACCCCAAUUCAAACUACAAUUCAAACUCCCACCCAGACAAGAAUGCCAACCCCUGUUCAAGUCCUGGUGCAGACCUCUAACCAAACUCAAGCAUCAGCUGUCACCCAGUCUAAAACAACAGCUGCUGUUCAAACUCUGUCCCAAGCUAGAUGUCCAAUUUCUUUCCACAUCCCCACAGCUGCACAAACUCAGUCCAACACUUCAGUUUAUAGUCCAGUUCACACCCAAACAUCAAUGCAAACUCCAGCUAAAACUCUGAGUCAGAGUGCUGCAAUCCAGAUCUCAGCUUCUGGUUCCCAGGUUCUAGGAACUUCUUUAGCCCGAUCACCAGGCUUCAAUCAAAGCCAAAACUCAACUCCCAUCAGUACCCCCACUCAAAGUGGAUGUUCAUCCCCUGUUCUAACCCCUUCCCAGACACCUGUACAAACCCCAACCACACAGACCUUUAUUCCAUCCCAAGCUCCUGCUCCUACCCAAACCCCUGCCUUCAAACAAACUCCAUCUGCCAAAGCCCCCGCUGCUGCACCUUUAACUGCAUCACAUUCUCCUGCACUCAGUCGGUCUCCAUCUGCUGCAUCUUCAACUGCAUCACAUUCUCCUGCACUCAGUCCAUCUCCCGCUGCUGCACCUUUAACUGCAUCACAUUCUCCUGCACUCAGUCGGUCUCCCGCUGCUGCAUCUUCAGCUGCAUCACAUUCUCCUGCACUCAGUCUGUCUCCCGCUGCUGCAUCUUCAACUUCAUCACAUUCUCCUGCACUCAGUCCAUCUCCAGCUGCUGCAUCUUCAACUGCAUCACAUUCUCCUGCACUCAGUCCGUCUCCAGCUGCUGCACCUUUAACUGCAUCACAUUCUCCUGCACUCAGUCGGUCUCCCGCUGCUGCAUCUUCAGCUGCAUCACGUUCUCCUGCACUCAGUCCGUCUCCCGCUGCUGCACCUUUAACUGCAUCACAUUCUCCUGCUCUCAGUCCAUCUCCACCUGCUGCAUCUUCAGCUGCAUCACGUUCUCCUGCAGUCAGUCCAUCUCCUGCUGCUGCACCUUUAACUGCAUUGCAUUCCACUGCACACAGUCCAUCCCCUGCUGCUGCAUCUUUAACUGCAUCGCAUUCCACUGCACACAGUCCGUCCCCUGCUGCUGCAUCUUUAACUGCAUCACAUUCUCCUGCUCUCAGUCCAUCUCCUGCUGCUGCACCUUUAACUGCAUCACAUUCUCCUGCUGCUGCACCUUUAACUGCAUCACAUUCUCCCGCACACAGUCCGUCCCCUGCUGCUACACACACUCAGACCAUAAAUGUUAUUCCCACUCCAGUCAUUCCUAUUGUAAGUUCAUCUACCAUUUCCAUACCCUUUGCCUCCUCGUCAACAGCCCUCCAGGCCUCCUCUGCCAUUUCCACCUCCUCUUCACCAAAAGAUGAAAGGAAAAUCCAGGACUUGCCUCAGACAUAGAAAGUCAAAAAGACCUGCUAACUUGUGAUGAGUAAGUGGACACUGAGGCAAAUAUCUGAUCCGGGUCCGGGUUAGAGUUGUUGUGCUGACCGUUGGAAGAUUUUCCAUUUUUCUCCCAUGAAUCAAGGUCCAAAAAACAACUAAAAAUGUUUGAUUCACUAGUAGAACUAGUGUGUUUAUAAAUAUUCUUCAUUGUCCAGGUCAUGUCCACUAUUCUAUAGCUGCAUGGGGGAGUAAAGAAACUAGUUUGUACUACUGAACACAUUCUACCAAACAGUAGAGCUGGAAACUCUAAUGAGUGUCAGAUGCUCUUAUUAGACCUUAAUACUAUUCAUCUGAUAGAUGAAAGAUUUUAAUCUUUGAUAGUUUAGAUACAAAUUCUGUCAUUUGCCAAAAAACGUUGCUGAUAAUCUUCAAGCGAAUGUACUUUCAGAACAUUGAGCUGUAUCUGUGUCAACGCUGUAUAAUGCUAGAGUAAGAGAGUACAAUCAGCAGUAGGUCUUUUAACAGAGCACUUUUCGUCAGGACGUUAGCCUUAAAUCAGCUUUCAAUGGGAUCAAAUGAACACUAGUCAUAUUUUAUCAUCACAAACAGCAUUUUCAGGCGAGUAGAAACGUCCACUGCCAGAGAAUCAGAUGUAAAAACACAGCCUUUCAUUCAGUGUGUAGAAUUCUCUAUGCAGAACACCAGCUGGGGAAUUUUUGAACACAUUCUGUCAUUAUUACCGUUUUCUCACACUAUUAGAAUCACAGUAAAAACAAAUUUUUAAGAGCAAAUAACUGAGCUCAAGUUUUUUAUCUUGAGUAGAAUAAUGUAAUCUGUCCAAACAUUCUCAGACGCCAUAUUGAAAUAAUAAUAAACCCUGUUUGACACGUUACGUUUGUGUUCAUGUAGAUUUCACUGCCUAUAAACUAUGGUGCGUUGUACAUAGUGAGUUGUGUAGAAAACAUAUUUCUACAGAACAAAAUGAAUUUAUUAUGUUCUGUUUUGUGUACUUUUAUUCAUUAACAUAUUAGCCAGUGAUUACCUGUCAGUAUAACAUUUAUAAUGUUUAUCAUGUAAUAUCACUGUCAUGGCGAACUGUUAACUGCUUAGGUCACUUACCUUUGAGACUGGAUUGUAGAACUAAAUAAAAUGUCCUUCUGAUCAUUGUGCAUCAUAAGAGCAAGAACACGUUUAAAGAUCACAUAGAGUCAAUAAGACAAUAGACAAUAAGAUUAAAUUGCACAUUUUAAGGGAUGGCCAGGGUGAAAUGUAUCUCUUGGUUUCAAACGUCAUCUUUUUAGUCACCAAAAUAUAAAUUUGCCUUUAGGUAACUUACAAUGCUCAUCACAGGUGUGAAAAGACUGUCAAGAAUAUAAAUGUGUAUGAAUAUUCUGUAUCCAUCAGUAGUUUGUGGUCUCAGGUGUUUGAUGUUAGUUUUGGACUAAAUGACUAUUAAGUUCCUAUUCUAACUCGCUGCUGUGUGUUUGUUUAUAUCAUGUGUUGCGAGUGCAAUGCAGCGCUUUAGCUUCAGACAGAUCUGUCAGUGUCUCUGUUUGUCUAUCACACACACAUCUGAUGUGUUCUACUGUAGCCGCACACAGACGCACACUAGUCAGAACGAAUCUCUCUCUCUCUCUCUCUCUCUCUCUCUCUCUCUCUCUCUCUCUUCUGUCGUGUCCAGUGCCGUUCUUUACUGUUUUGUGCCGAUAGUGAGAUUAUGUCUGAGUUUUUCCCUCUAAUACCAUGUUGCCUAGAUUGCACAUUUAAGGACCAAAUGUUUAUUCUUAUUUGUUGUCACAGCUUUAGCUUUUGAGGAAAAAAACUAUAAUAGAGGAUUGACUAUAAUAAUACCUGCUAUUAUAUAGAAGAGAAAUAAUGAUGACUAUGUAAAAAAUGACUUUUUUCCAAAUCACAAUAAAGUGAAAUAAGAACCAGUUUACUGUGUAAGA